AAGUGCUUACACAGGACCAAGCAAAGAUCACACCAGUGGAACAAAAUAUGGUUACUACAUGUUUGUGGAGAUGAGUACCGGAAACUUGGGGGUAGGCGAUAAUGCAAUGUUUGUUUCAGAACACCUACCAGCUACAAAUGAUGCUUGCUUGUACUUCUGGUACCACAUGUAUGGCCAAGGAACUGGAGAUUUGAAUGUAUAUAUCAAGGAUGAACAAGGCAACUUGAAAUUAACCUGGACUCUGUCAGGUAACCAAGGCGACACAUGGUUCCAGGGUAUCACUAAUAUCGUUGCAAAUACAGAAUUCCAG